CUUUCUGUCAAGGAAUCUUAAGCACACCAAAGUUACUAAAAGUCAAUUAUAAGAGCUUGAAUGAGAUUGAAUGGCAGUUGGAGGAGAUGGAAGUAGAGAAUAAGGGAAAUGGCCUUACUGCAAUCAUACAACAAGAACACAAAAAAGAGGUUGACUCCAAUUUGGAGGAAUUGACAUUAAGUGGAAGGGACAUCAUAUUGAUUUGGGAAGGAGAAUUUCAAGAGAGCUUUGGCAAAGUAAAAACUCUUCAAUUGAUUAAGGAUGAAUAUACAAACACUCCAAUUCAAAUUCUUCACAAAUUUAACAGUCUCGAAAACCUCGUAUUGAAAGUAAGUUCAUACAAAGAGAUAUUCUCAUUUGAAAAGGAUGAGAAAUACGUCGGAGCACUUUCAAAAUUAAAAGUUUUAAAAUUGGAAGGACUUUUUAAUUUAAAGUGUAUUUGGAAACAAGAUUUCCAAUUGCACUCAAUUCUUCAGAAUCUUGAUAGUCUUGAGGUGAAUCAUUGUCACAAUUUGACUACUAUGUUGCCAUCUUUAGCAUCUUUUGAAAAUUUGAGGACUUUGAGGAUAAGCUAUUGCAAUGGAAUGCAAAACUUAAUGUCAUCCUCAACAGCCAAAAGUCUGGUGAACCUAAAAGUGUUGAGUAUCGAAGGAUGUGAAAUGAUGAUAGAAGUAAUAGCAAACGAGGGAGAUAUAGAGAAAGGUGAAAUUGUUUUUGAGAAAUUGAUGGAGUUGGAAUUGUAUCGUUCAGAAAGUCUCAAAUGCUUCUGCUUCGGGGAUUACACUUUAAAAUUCCCAUUCUUGGAAACACUACAAGUGGGUAAAUGCUUCAAGAUGAAGACUUUUUGUGGAGGAGGCUUAAGCAUGCCAAGGUUAAACUUGUUGAACCAUGAACAUUAUUUGGAGAGUGAGAUUGAUAUGAUCAUACCACUGUUACAAAAUGAUUGUUCAAAUUUCUGUGAAAGAAUAGGAUGGUAAGAAACUGUAAUUUUCAUCAACACACAACAAAGUCAUGCGGCCUUAUUUGGGGGUGGCAAAGCGGUCAACGACUUAGCUACUCAAGGUCUGGCCGAAUCUUCGCUUGAGC